AUGCUGCGUGUCCAAGUCAAUUGCGCCUCGCAGGUGCCGGUCCCGCCCCCGAACGCUGCGCCACUGGAGAUCUCUCGAGAGACGCGACAGCAGCUGCGGGCGACGCGUCAGCGCGCGUUCGAGCGGUACCAGGAGAACGCCCAGUGGACCAAAGAGCUGCUCGAGGACGUCAAUAAGGCACAAGAGAGCGCGAUAGGUACUCCAAGCAGUCCAACAGGGCGGGCGGAAGACCUCCGGCAGCAGGUUGGGGUGAGCGCAGAGUCGGUGCAGCAGCUAAACGAGCAACUGGAGCAGCAGAACGAGGCGCAGGGGGCGGCGCAGCGUCGAUUCGAAGAGAUGAUGACUAUGCUGAAACGAGCCGACGAUGCGGCUGCUGUAAAGGAGUGUGAAGCGCGAAUUGCGCAGGAAAAGUCGCUGCUGGUGCCUGGCAAGCCACGCAAGAUGGACAUUGUGAGGCUGUGA